GGAUGUCACAGAGAUUUCACUUCUCCAAAGGGACACUUUACAGGUUCUGCCUCUAAGGCUGAAGGCCAAGGAGAGUUGCUUUUAUUGUUUGAGGUUGAACAGAAAAGUCAAUGUCUCCAUCCCUGGCCAGAUCAGCUCCCAGCGAACUCAACCACUGGUGGACCCAACUGAGGUUUCGUCUCCAAAACAAAAAAGGAUGGAAUGAAAUGUUGGACGAGACAUUUCUGCUCUACACAAAAAACACAAAUGACAUCCCUCUCUUCUACGCGGCCAAAACUAACAGCGUCGGCUGCAUAAAAAAGCUUCUCAGCUGCGCAUCCACCAACAUCUUUGAGAGAGGUGCCCUUGGAGAAACAGCUCUUCACGUUGCCGUGAUCAAUGACAACCUGGAUGCUGCUGUGGCUCUGAUGGAUGGAGCCCCGGAACUCAUCAAUGAACCCAUGACCUCCGAGCUCUUCCAAGGUGUCACUCCUCUCCACAUCGCCGUUGUGAAUAGGAAUAUCAAUCUGGUGCAACACCUGAUCAGUCGCGGUGGGGAUGUGUGCACGCCUCGGGUCACCGGUUUGUAUUUCAGGAAGAGGAUCGGAGGACUCAUCUACUAUGGUGAGCAUGCUUUGUCUUUUGCUGCAUGUGUUGGAAAUGAGGACAUCGUCAGCAUGUUGAUCGAUGCGGGAGCCAGCACCAGAGUCCAGGAUUCCAGAGGAAACACAGUGCUUCACCUUCUAGUUUUGCAGCCCAACAAGACCAUUGCCUGUCAGACCAUGGACCUGAUCAUGGCACGUGAUGCAGAACUGGAUCAGCCGGUGCCGCUGGACAUGGUUACCAAUUACAGAGGUCUCACUCCAUUCAAACUGGCUGCCAAGGAGGGAAACACCGUGGUGUUUCAGCACCUGGUCAACAAAAGGCGUGUGAUCCAGUGGAGUCUGGGCCCUCUGAGCUCCCAUCUGUACGACCUGACAGAGAUCGACUCCAGGGCUGACAACACGUCCGUGCUGGAGCUCAUUGUGGCCAGCCCACGGAGAGAGGCAAGAGGAGUUCUGGAAGUGACCCCUGUGAGACAGCUGGUGAGCCUGAAGUGGAACCUUUAUGGAAAACAUUACUUCAGGCUGCUGCUGUUCCUCUACAUUCUGUACAUCGGGUGCUUCACACUCUGCUGUGUGUUUCGCCCCCUAAAGGACAUUCCAGAAAACUACACAAAGUCAGAUUCAGACUAUACCAUCAAAAUCCAAAAGACACUCAAAGAAAGUUAUGUGACUUACUCGGACAGCCUGAGACUGGUGGGGGAAGUCAUCAGCGUCCUAGGAGCUGUUCUCAUCCUGUUUCUGGAAAUCCCAGACAUGAUCAGAGUGGGAGCGAAACGCUACUUUGGCCAGACGGCACUGGGGGGCCCCUUCCAUGUCAUCCUCAUCAGCUACGCCUCGCUGGUGGUGCUGCUGUGUGUGUUCAGACUUUGCGAGGUGCAGGGCGAAGCCGAGGUGAUGGCAUUAUGCUUGGUUCUUGGCUGGUGCAACGUUAUGUUCUUUGCCCGAGGUUUUGAAAUGCUGGGCCCUUAUGUCAUCAUGAUUCAGAAGAUUAUAUUUGGUGAUCUGACAAAGUUCAUGUGGCUGAGUCUCAUUGUGCUUAUUGGGUUUUCCACCUCUCUGUGGAUGGUGUACAUGACCCAGGACCCCAGCUCCCUCCCCAUGUAUCGCUCCUUUCCCAUCACUCUCUUCUCUGAGUUCGAGCUCAGUUUGGGGAUGAUUGAUUUGCCUGUCGACCACACAUUGAAAACGCCCUCCAUUGUCCACGUGGUCCAUGUCGCCUUCACUUUUGUGUGCUCCACCUUGCUGAUCAAUCUAUUGAUCGCUAUGAUCAGUGACACAAUCUGGAGGGUGGGCCAGGAGAGAGACGAGCUCUGGAGGACUCAGGUGGUGGCCACAACUCUGAUGCUGGAGAGGAGGCUCCCUCUGUGUUUGUGGCCUCGGCUUGGGGUGUGCGGGCUUAACUACGGCCUAAAGGAGCGCUGGUAUCUCAGGGUUGAAGACAGAAACGAUGCAGUGAUGCAAAAAAUGCGCCGCUACGUCAAAGCCUUCUCCAAAGAGGACGAGAAGCAAAAAGAAGGGCUGGAAAAGGCAGAUGUGACUCUCAGAUCUCAAAACAAAAAUAGUAUGAGGAGCAAGGCUCAGGCUGGAUGGGAGGUGAUUCGUCAGAGCACUUUGGGUCUGGAGAUGGAGCAGGAGGGUCCGGAGGAGGACCAGAACAUCAAAUUUGUCUAGAGGGAAAUCUAUAUCCUGCUUUUUUCGAGUGCUUCCACAAAGCUGUGACCAAGGUGUGAAGUUUGAUGCUUUUGUGAACUUAAAGAGGAGGAAUUAUUUUGGUUUUUAUGUAGUCAACAGUGCAAUUAUUUCUGCAGUAUUAUACCAUGAAAGAGUGUGUUAUUUUUGUAGCAAUACCAAAUAAUAUAGUAGUAAUAUAUGCUGAAAUAGAAUGUAGAUUAAACGUAUCUUAUAGUUGAGAGUAAAACUGUCUUAAAACCAA